AUGGAAAGUAACUACCUGAAGGAACAAAAGAAACUGGAGCCUCUGAGAAGAUUCCAGUUUCCAUGUGAGCUAGAGAAGCUGUCUCAUUCUCCUUCAUCUUCAGUUCAUACUCUGAGGCCAUCUGACAUUAAAGCAAUUGCUGCCAUAGGAAUUCUGCAAACUACCCCAGAUUCUAGGAUGGAUCAUGAAGAUUUAAUCCAAAGCCCAGAAAGGACCCUCCUUCAGGCAAGCAUGGGAACAUUAUCAGCUCUCGUUAGCAGGUUUAACCCCUCUGUACUGCAUCAGCCACUUCCUCCCAAAACUAGCGGAGCAGCAUCAGGAACCAAAGCUAUAACCAUACUGGAUCAAGCUAAAAAAAUGGUGAAAUGCAUGAAAGAGAACCAGAUGAUAGAUUUCCAAAAUGACUGGAAGCUAAUCACAGUUUUCUUUAGUGCUGAAAACCUGUGUUCUUCCUGUGCCUCUAUCCACCAGGAGAAUCGCUCACUGGACAGCAUGGAGAGACUUACUGGAGUCUUAGACUUCUUGUAUCAAGAAGUCCCCAAAGCUUUUGUAAACCUGGUGGAUUCCACUGAGCUCAGAAUCUUCUCUCUUUCACACAGUGAUCAGAAUAAAAUCAGUAAUGCAUCCAGGAAGCCAUGUAACUGUGUUGAUGAAGACGCCAAACUUGAUGACAUCAUAUUGAGAUGGUCCUACCAGAAUGACUUGGAAAAGAUGCUGAAAUCUGGGAGGUAUGAUUUGAGGGAUGACUUCACCAUUAUUCUGCAGCCUUUCCUCCAAGAAAUAAAUCUGCCUCAUAGAAAGGGCUGGCAGGUUAAUGGCAAUUCCAUACCAAAGACACCAGAGGAAAUCACUGAAGAGGAGUGCUCUGCCUUGGGCGUGGGUCUCUGGAACAACAUGAUGGAACCAGUUGGGCAGAAAGAGCAUUAUCAUUAUACAGAGAUGCUUUGGGCCCAGUGCCCAUCUCAGGAGUAUCCGUAUUUGUUCACAUACAGAAAUAGUAACUACUCAUCUUCCCCUCGGACAUCACAGCCUGAAGCCCUAUCUCAGGAAAGGAGUUAUGGGACAAGCAUUCCCUGUUUUGAUCGAAAUCCCUCUAAUAUGAUUCCUGUUUCAGUUCACAGUUUGAGGCCAGCGGACAUCAAGGUGAUUGGUGCACUGGGAGACUCACUCACAGCAGGUAAUGGGGCAGGGUCCAAACCAAAUAAUGUUCUCGAUGUUCUGACACAAUACCGAGGUCUCUCCUGGAGUGUUGGAGGAGAUGAAAACAUAACCACAGUCACGACACUAACAAAUAUUCUUCGUGAGUUUAAUCCUUCCCUUCUAGGCUACUCCAUUGGCACAGGGAAGGAGCACUCAUAUAAUGCCUUUCUGAAUCAGGCUGUGUCAGGAGCUCGCUCUGAGAAUGUCCCUUCGCAGGUGAGGAGACUGGUGGACCUGAUGAAGAAUGAUACUAGAAUAAAUUUUCAGGAAGACUGGAAGCUCAUAACACUCUUGAUAGGAGGAAAUGACCUGUGCAAAUUCUGCAACGAUCCAGUGCAUUCUUCUCCUGAUAACUUCAUCAACAAUAUAAAAAUAGCUUUGGACAUACUUCAUAGAGAGGUUCCUCGGGCAUUUGUCAAUCUGGUGACAGUACUUCAUAUAGUAACCCUCCGGGAUUUGUACCAGGAGAAGACCAUUAGCUGCCCAAGGCUAAUCAUGAGGAAUCUGUGUCCUUGUGUAUUGAACUAUGAUGACAAUUCCACUGAAACUAAGAUGCUAGAGUCUUUUAAUAGAAGGUAUCAGGAGGAAACCCACCGAUUAGUUGAAAGUGGAAGGUAUGACACCAAGGAAGAUUUCACAGUGGUCAUGCAGCCAUUUCUGGAGAGAGUGACCAUUCCAAAGACUGAGGAAGGGUUGCCCGAUAGCUCAUAUUUUGCCCCAGACUGUUUCCACUUUCACCAGAAGGCUCAUUCCCAGGCUGCUCGUGCCUUGUGGAACAACAUGUUGGAACCCCUUGGGAACAAGACCGAUGCACCUUUUCUUGAAACGGUGAUAACUCUCAAAUGUCCAAGUCAGGCUGAGUCAUUCCUCAGAACGUACAGGAACAGCAAUUAUACGUAUCCCAACCAAACUACGCCAGACAUAACAACACCGCUACCAUCAUCUGCUAAGAUGACCCCAGCACAGGAACCAGAUCAGAAUCAUGGGACCCAGCUGCUGUGUGAGGACAGGGCUCCAUCCAGCUCUUCUCCAACUUCAGUGCAUGCCCUCAAACCAGCUGAUGUGCAAGUGAUAGCAGCCCUGGGGGAUUCUUUGACUGCUGGUAAUGGAAUUGGUGCUGACCCAAACAAUAUCUUGGAUAUGAACACAGAGUAUAGGGGGCUGGCUUGGAGUAUUGGAGGGGAUGCUUCUUUAAAGAAUGUAACAACCCUGCCUAAUAUCCUUCGGGAGUUCAACCGUAACCUCACGGGUUACUCGACUGGUACAGGGGGAGCAAGUGAGCCGAAUGCCUUUCUCAAUCAGGCAGUUCCUGGAGCAGUGGCUGAGCAAUUACCUGACCAAGUAAGAGCCCUGGUGAGACUAAUGAAAAGUGAUCCGAGAAUUGAUUUCAACACUGACUGGAAGAUCAUCACUGUGUUAAUUGGAGCCAAUGAUCUGUGCAACUACUGCAAAGACCCUGAUUACUAUUCAGCUGUAAAUUUCACCAGCCGCAUUCAAGAAGCCCUCGAUAUUCUGCAUGCAGAAGUUCCCAGGGCUCUGGUCAAUCUGGUUGAAGUAAUGGACCUCCUCCCCUGGAGGCAGAUGUUUCUGGAUAACCAAGUACAGUGCCCCACACAUCUCACUGGAGUUCUGUGUAGUUGUGUUUUCCCGGUGACAGAAGGGUCACAAGAGCUAGUGAUGGUGAUGGAAGCUACUAGAUCCUACCAGAACAGCACUUGGAAGCUAGUGGAAUCUGGCAGGUAUGACACCCAGGAGAAUUUCACAGUGGUACUGCAGCCUUUCUUCCGAAAUACCAAGAUUCCUCUUCUUCAGGAUGGGCGUGCAGAUAUCUCCUUCCUUGCACCAGACUGUUUCCAUCUGAGUCAGAAAUCCCAGUCUCAGCUCUCCAGGGCUCUCUGGAACACCAUGCUUCAGCCUCUAGGGGAGAAAACUGACCUCUUUGACCCCAAGGCUAACAUUACCCUGAGUUGCCCAACUCCGCACAAACCCUUCCUGGGAACCUACAGGAACAGCAACUACACAUACCCACCUCUGGAACCUACUAACAAGCCAAUUCAGAAUUGGGGCAGUGACCUGUCAUGUCCUGCACAGAAUCCAUCUGAAAGUGUCCCAACAUCAGUACAUAAGCUACGGCCAUCAGACCUCAAAGUCGUAGCAGCACUGGGAGAUUCCUUGACUACUGCUCUUGGAGCCAAAGCAACCAGCCCGAAUGACCUGCAAACAGCCUGGAGAGGACUUUCCUGGAGCAUUGGAGGUGAUGGAACCCUGGAGGCUCACACGACUUUACCCAAUAUUUUGAAAAAAUUUAAUCCAGAACUCUUCGGCUUCUCCACUGGCACUGAAAAGGAAACAGCCGGGUUCAACUCAGCCGUGGGAGGAGCCAAAGCAAACAAUAUGUCAACCCAGGCGCGUGAACUGGUGGAGCUAAUGAGAGGUAGCUCGCAAAUUAACUUCAAGGAGGACUGGAAACUGAUCACUCUCUUCAUUGGAGGCAAUGACCUGUGUCACUACUGCUUGGACAGGGAGACCUAUUCAGUAGAAAAUUAUGUAAAACAUCUUCAGGACACUCUUGAUAUUCUAUACCAGGAGCUCCCUCGAGCCUUUGUCAACCUGGUGGAGAUAAUGGAGAUCGCUGGACUGCGUCAGAUAGAAAGGGAAACUCCGGGGUGUGUCAUUUCAGGGACGACUGUUUGCCCAUGUUUCUUAACCCCCCAGGAAAGCUCUCCUGAACUACAAGAAAUGAAAAUAAUUAACAAAGAUUUUCAGAUCAAAAGCAUGCUGAUGGCUAACAGCGGUCGCUAUGCACAGCGGGAGGAUUUUACUGUUGUGGUGGAGCCAUUUUUCCGAAAUACCAUCAUCCCCCUAGACAGCAAUGAGAAGCCAGACCUGAGUUUCUUUUCCAUGGAUUGCUUUCAUUUCACUGAGAGAGGCCAUGCUGAGAUGGCCAUAGCGCUCUGGAAUAAUAUGCUGGAGCCAGUUGGUCAAAAGCAGAGCUACAAUAACUUCGCCCAUGGCAGAUUCAAACUCAAGUGUCCAACCUCAGAGAAUCCAUUUCUUUUCACAUCCAGAAACAGUGGAUUGCAAAAUACAGCUCCAGUAGUGGGGGCAGGUGACCCAUCGGUACCUUACUGGGCUGUGAUUUUGGCAGCAGUAGGUGGAGUCCUGGCGGGUUCUGUACUCAUUGGGGUUUUGAUGUCAAGAAGACUCAAGAAACACCAGCAUGAGAGAGACAAAGCAACAGAAGUGAAUUUAACAAAUCUGUAAACCAGAUGCAUAAGGAGAAUUUACAUCUGCUUCCACUGGGACUGAGGUGAUGGGGAGAACAGGGGGAACAGCAGCUUUUGAUAUCUAACUUUUUUUUAAGCUAAUCACACUUGCCCAUUUAAAAAUGGAGGUACAGGUAUUGGCCAAUGAUUCUCCACCCAGUCACCAUGAUGACAGAAGACAGUACAAGGUUUGCUUUACCUGGCAGUGUCUACUGCACAUUGGCCAUGCCUAGGAAGGAAACAAACAUUUCUUAAUGCAUGAAGUCUUCCUCCUUCGAGAUGCACUAAUUCUCUGUAUGAUUGAAAUUGCUCGGGAUGCCAGUUCCCUGCAUAGAGUGAGAAAACUAUUCGUGUAUGCUGUAGCCUUAUGAAGUUCAUGCCCCCACCUGUUUUGUGAGGGACACUGGGUUGAAUAUAAUGGUUGGGCAUCAUUGUUAUGGACUGUUAACCAUUCCCCCCAAUAGGGUAAUACAUUCAAAAAGAAAAGCAGCACCAUCUUUUGUUGGAGUCAAGUGAGACACCUGUGUUAAUACAAUAAGACUCGGUGUUAAGAAAAAGGAAGCUUAAUUCAAUAGUUUUAACCUGGCUAAAGGUCCAAAUAGAACUGACUAAACCUUUCUCAAAGGACCUGUUUCAACAUGCGCAAACCCCAGCCCAGAAUCUUUGCAGUCUGUUCUUUAUUGACGUUGUCCAGAGAUUCAGAUCAGGAACAUGGAGGAGAUCUUCGGUGGACAUUACAAAUAUCACCUGUUUCACUGGCUUGUAUUUUUCUGACAUAAGGGAGAUGACUGAGACAGACUAUCUGGGACCUUGUUUUCUGACAUCCCUGUAAUUUCCUGUUGUUCAUUUUAAUUAAGAAAUUCUAAUUUUACGGAAGCCAAAGAGCACUUUAAUUUGCUGUGUUUUUGCAAGGGAUGUAUUGUUCCCAUGCUAGGAAUCAUGAAUACUGGGGGUGAGGUGUAACUGGAAUAGUUCCCAGUGCAAAAGCUGUGCAGCCUUG